UCCUUCUAGGAGUUGGAUUAUGGUUUGUGUUGUGGGUUUUGUUUCGGGGGACUGGGCUGUCUUCCCCCGACUAGUUAAUUUAAAUAAUAUUGUUUGAUAUGAAUUGAUUUCUUUUCCUUGUGUAUUUAUGUGUUAUUUAGGAUGAACCACACGUGAUUUUGGUGUUCAUGGCCCUUGUGUUGAUGUGAGCUGCCCAGGCCUUUUUAUUGUCCACGAGUGAACUUUAGCCGGGUGUUUUAGCUGAGUGUGAAGUGUUUUCCAAAGUGUUUUAGAGAUGGCUGUGCUGAGAUCAUUGUGUGGGGGGUUCCUGUGUUGCCUGGGUGCUCCAUUCACUUAUUGGGUCAGGGAUGCUGAAUUGUGGAAUCCUGGUAAUAAAGGCUUAUUGCUAUACUUCUGUUGUGAGCUGUUUCUUAUACCUGGUGCCCAGUAUAGUCGAGUCACAAACCUGCAUCAUUGGGGAGAAGUGUUCCUCUCUUACAACUUGGCGUAGUUUCGGCAGUCUUGGCUUCUGGGCACAGGUUUAGGAAAUGCCUAAACAGCCUUCAAUCUCUAGUUCAGAGGACAGACAAAUGUCAAAUCCUAACGUGGUUAUGUUUCCUUUCAUGCUGGGGGCACCAUGGAGCCCAAAAUUUGCAGGAGAACCUGCAAACCAGAGGAUGGGCUUUCAGGAGUGGCAGGAAGCGGUUAUAUGGGCUGAAGAGUGGGAAGGUUCUGCACAGGCCGGAGUAGCAGCAGUCCAAGUAAGUAAUGUAAAGCCUACGUGGGAUUUUGCUGAAUUACAGGAAGACAUUAAACUGGAUGUACUUAUUCAGAAUGGCCCAAACGGACACCAGGCUCCUGGUUUUGGGUGCCCUGGCUGGGGCUGCUGGUGUCAGCUUGGCUGUGAUCUGGUACCGGAGCCGCCAGCAAAGCCACAUCAGGAGCCCCCCCACACCACAUCUCUCCAGCAAUGCCCAGUGGGUCAGCCUGGGCAGGGGGCCGCCUGUGGAGCUGAAGUUGGACAGGCAGCAGGAGAUUCAGGAGCACCUGUGUGCCCUCGUCCAGUGUGUCUCCGAGCUCAAGGAGGAGGUGCUGGCUUUGAAGAAAGCCCUCCCUCAGCUCCAGGACCUGGUGCAGGAUGAGCUGCGUGGGCACCGCUCUGUCUCUGGACCCCGGACCCCUCGCCGGAGGAGAGUCCCUGGGAGCAGCAGGGGAGAGAGGGAGAGCUCUGAGGAAGGCGAGAGCGAGGGAGGGUAUGUGACUGCGCACACGGACACCGAAGAUGAUGAGGAGGUGCCAGCCCGCGCCGGAGGGGUGGCGGACAAGCUCAGCCUUCUCCUGAAGAGGGUGGAUGGUCUUCACAAGGGCUCAGAUGCAGAGAAAAAGGAGGGCUUCAGGGCCCUGGAGGACAUGAAGGACGAGUUUGGAGGGAAUGAGCAGUUUCUCUGGCGUCUGGCUCGGGCGUACAAGGACUGCCAUGAUAUGGCCACUAGCCUCGAGGACAAGAAAGUUUAUGCGGAGGCCGGAAAAUCCAUUGGAAGUGAAGCUGUCGCGGUGACACCGACAUCUGCCGAAUGUCACCAAUGGUACGCCAUAAUGUGCGGACUCAUGUCGGACUACGAAUCCGUGCAGAACAGAAUCAAGAAUGGCUACCUCUUCAAGGAUCACCUUGACAAAGCCAUAGAGCUGAAUCCUGAAGAUCCCCUGUCCUACUAUCUCCUGGGCCGCUGGUGCUACGCUGUGGCCCAGCUGUCUUGGAUAGAGAGGAAAAUAGCAGCUACAUUGUUUGGAGAGCCUCCCAGUGCCACUGUCCAUGACGCUUUGCGGAACUUCCUCAAGGUAGAGGAAAUCCAACCUAAAUACUCGAAGUUCAACUACGUAUUUAUAGCUAAGUGUUACAAGGACCUUGGACAGAUGCAGGAGGCCAGAAGAAUGUGUGAGGCUGCUUCUGCGCUGCGCAUACUUUCCAAAGAGGAUGAGGAAGCUCAGACGAUGCUUGAGUCUCUCCACUCUUCAAUCAGUUUCUGAUGGUGCUGGACCUCUGGCUGAAGGAGUCUGCAAAGCUCACAACCAUCCAUGCCUACCACCGCUGUGCUCCUCAGCACCAUCUGAGAUUUCCUGCCCCUCCCCCCAUAGCUGGACUUCCCAAAUAAGCAAGGACCAGGACCAGUUGGAAAGUAUGGUGCCUGAACUGUUAAACACUAAUCAGAUAUUACCACAGUUGAGUUUUAUGUCCAGGAAAUUGCACCAAGACGCUCAUUAUUUCUGGUUAAAUGUGAAACAACCAAGAUGAUCCCGAUCAGACGAUGCUUUCAAGGUCACUUGAUGUUAAUGGUGUGGCCUCGUCCCACACCCACUGGAUUUUCAGCGUUGGGACUUGAGCAGUCAUGUCAGUGAUAUCAGGACCAUAACAGAAGGUCAGGAGAGACUGUCUGGUUUUGCGUUUUGUCUGGGAACCUGACAAAAAUCAACUGCGAGGAAGCUGACUGACGCCGGGGGAAGUUAGAGAUAUGAAAUGAGAUGAAAGACAAAACCACUCAUUCUGACUUAACUGCGUUAAGCAUCUCGGCUAAUGUUCACUUCUUGCACCGUCGUUAUAACGGUACCUGAUGUUUCAGCUCCUCUGUUAUGCAAUGACGUGCACAUGGCCAGUGAUCACCCAGCCACCAUUUCUGUGUACUAGGUUAAAAAUGCCUUCCCUGCAGUAAUAUACACACUAUGAAUCAGUACUGGAUAAGCAGUUACAUUCUUUGUUGCGUUUGGCAUGAAUUACCCAUGCACCUCAUUUCUGCUCUAACUGAAGCUGGCUUGUACCACUUUGAGCAUUACCUGCCCUCCUCUGCCUAACCCAGCACCGUCAGAUCAUAGCACUGGGUCACAUUUGUAUGUUAGGAUCACUUGCUUAUUCCUGACAGGUUUUUUGUGAUUCCAAAGGUAGUCAGUCUGUUUUACCGCAGUGCAAAGAACCAGAAAUAAUUUUAAAGUGUGUCAUAUUUCCUGCACUGGGCAACUAGAAUUAAUGGCUUAUGUUUUAACAUGUUUUACAAGAAUGAUGGAACGAAAGGCAGGCAUUUAAAAAAUCAGAAGGGACCUGUGUUCAAUUUGAAUUUCAUUCGUGGGUAUUUCUGUAUUUUUGAGUAUUUGAAUAUUUAGAAGAAAUUUUCAUCUAUUUAAGGUACAACUUGAUUGAAGCAGAGAUGUUGGCACUUUAUUUUUCUUACUCUAACUUUGUUAGCAUUGAUUUUUCUUUCUUUCAUGGGAUCAUUUAAAUGUUUUUCUGUUAAGGUACUUCUCAGAAUUUGGUGCUUUUGGAGCUAUUAACGAUUCUGAAUUAUCUUUUAAUUGAUGGAAUACUUUAAAUGAGAGAUUAUAUUUUUUUAUGUUCCUCAUAAAUGUAUUUUAAAUUUUAGCAACGUUCAGUUUCCCAUACACUAAUUAUAUUUGCAGUUUAACUCUAUGUAGAAGCCAUUGACUGUUUUACAACUACAAAACAUGAUUUUAGAAUGUUCUUUUUGUCAUGAUUAAUAAAGACAAUAUUAAAAUUA